CUGGCCACAUUGCGCUGGUGUUCCGCUCCCCAUACUGAGCGGGAGCGCUGGACGCAGUGAGGAAUAACUCAAACCUCACUUCCAGUUCCACACUGCACUUCACGGGCACUAAAAAAAAAAACUCAGACAUGGAUGACCCACUCACAAAAUGGCUCCACUUUUACACUAACAUCAACAACACGUCGGGAACGGGUGGUGUGUUCGACAUCUAAAUUAAAGACAGACAUUUUAUAGGAUAUAACAGCAACGGGAUGAAAUGAUGGAAAAAAUGAAGCCGGAGCUUUGUCCUGUAAGUCCCGGUGCCAAAUCGUGCAGUCCACUGAAGCAGGAUUCCAUCAUCAGGGAGAAUGGAUGCAACGACCUGGACUCGAAUGAGGGAAACUUCACUGGGGAGGGGAUUAAGACAGAUGACGCGCUUCUGCGAAACCCGCGCAACGGGACCAUCAUCCUCAACGGCGUUACCAAGGAAACCGCUUACGACGCGCUUGAUCUGAAAAGGGAAGUACCAGUGAUUGAGCUCUCGAGGAGGGACGAUAUAAAGGCGGGACAGCAGAGAACGGACAGUCACACGGUACCGAUCACGGAGCUUCGCCGACCACCCGUGCCGUUGCCGCUGCCGCAUCGAGACGCGCUGAACGACGCUCGAAUGGUUCAGCUGAGCCCCAACGCGUUCCCUCUCCCGGCGCGAGCGAUGCUCUACAACUUGGCGCAACCUCUCGCCGCCAUCAACAGUCUCGGAGGGGAGUCGGAGCAGUACGGCAUGUACCCCAGCAACAGGGUAAAGCGCCGCCCUGCGCCUUACGAGGUUGAGCUCGACGAGGCUGGCCAGCCAAAGAUUGUACGGCGAAUCUUCACCAACAGCCGGGAGCGCUGGCGGCAGCAGAAUGUCAACGGGGCCUUCUCAGAGCUCCGUAAGCUCAUCCCCACCCACCCGCCAGACAAGAAGCUGUCCAAGAACGAGAUCCUGCGCCUGGCCAUGAAGUACAUCAGCUUCCUGUCCAACCUGCUGGACGACCAGGACGGAGGGGACACCAUGGAAAGGGGCGACGGCACAGGGCUGCUGGUUGGGGGCCGUGAGGGUGGACCCCAGGGGGCGCGUCAGGAUGUGGCGGGGCUGGCCACGGAGGACGACCUGCUCCUACACGGCACGCUGUCACCUGGGUCCAGCUGCGGGAGUCUGCCGGACGGGGACGGCAGUCCCGAGAGCUUUACCGAGGACCAGGACUCGCCGCCGGCCCAGAGGACUGUGCCCGCCCCGCGCGGCAGGGACAUGAGGCGCAACGCCCGGCCGCAAGACGGCGGCGGCCAGCGAUGACGGCGACGGUUGUGACCGCGGUGACGACGGUUGUGACCGCGGUGACGGCGGUGAUGGAGUUGACGGAGGUGACGGUGGACAGUGGGAAAACCAAGGGAUUGACUUUUAUCCUUGACAGAGGACGACUCCAGUGUGGAUAAGUGUGAGAAUGUGCGCUAGGAUAACUUUGCUUCAUCUAAAGAGUGGUGCUUUAGGUUCUCGGGGCGUGCUGAUCCCAGAAUUUCACUUAAUCAGGAUUCUAAUCAGUCCACACUGAAACCAAUGGCAGCUUGCUCGGUAUGGUCCUCUUUCAUUCACUUGGUUGUCCUAGUAAAAGACUUUCUGUAAAUUCUGCAUGCUUCAUGGCGUCUCGGAGCUGGGUCAAGGGACCCCGCGUGUUUUCUGCAUUAUCAGUGUUCAGACACAGCACAGCGUGUUUCUGUAACUCUUUCGAGUCAUGAUGAGAAGUGCAGCAUAAAUCCUAUGACAUCAUCAUUAAGUCAUUGUUGCCAUGGUACCCUGAGGGCACGCAGUGGGGGGUGCACCAGGAACUUUACAAUAGAAAUGCCAUCAUGUUCUCUCCUCGGGUUCAAAUCCAACUUUGCCUGUUUUCAAUGUGGGUAAUUUUAGCUCUUCUGGUUUUUACAGAACAAUGUAGCUUCUUCCCUGAUAGCAAUGGCUUGACGUCAAAUCCUUGCAGUAAAUCACACACUUCAGCACACAUUAAAGACAAUUAUUUGCUUCAAAGUGUGUUGAAUUAAGUGAGGAUUUGGCACGCACUUACAACCUAUUCUGAAAACAUGUACAUACAGCGUUACCUUCAGAAAUAUUUUGACCGUGGUUCAUGUUAAGUGAUAUGCUUUAGACAGGGUGUUGUUGACCAAUUUUUUUUUUUUAAGGAUUCUAUUCACAAACAGUACACUCAGUCAGAAGGGGGUGUACAAUAUGUCAACUAGAAAAAUUUAUGACAAACACGUAUCAUUAUAGAAAAAAUGUGGUAUCUUAUUUAUUAAUUUGUGUCACACAUAACUAUCAUUGAGUACAACACAACAAAGCAGCAUGGCAAAUGACCGUUAAACACACACAUGUAAACUCACACACACAGGCAUAACACAUUAAGAACAAUCUAAGGCACUGCCUAAACAUACAGACGAACAUACUAAGUAGCUAACUAGCCAGAACAACGACUGCAGCUUAAAGAAGAGGUACAGCGAAUUCACAGGUCACCCAACCAUUUUGUAUAUUACACAGUAAAUGUCUAUUUGAAUGUUUUUUCCACUAUUUUGCAGUAGUGCUUUGGUAUGGUACACCUUAAGUAUAUCGCCUCCUAAAUACACUCGUCGGCUCUCUGUUGGCAUAGCAACAAAACCAGCUGUAUUAUUAUGUCCGUAAACAGUGAGGCGUACUGUACUUCCUGUUGUUUUGUUAUUUAAUGACUCAUUUUCCAGCAGAUAUUUAGUAGCCUAUCUUGGUACCUUUGGUUACUAUUUUAUGAACUCCAGUAAAGCAAAGGGACAUUGUCUGUUCAAUUUAGUAAAUAAAAACAAAUGAAAAAAUUACUUCUGUUGUACUAUACGCAAUGUUAAAUCAAUGACUUUUAUAUCAAAUGCUGAAUAAAACAAACAGAGGAAAAGA